GAAACGAAAGCACACACCAAAAGAGAAUUAUUUCAAUUGUAGUCGCCAUAGACACACUGCAGGAGCCUAUCUGUAGAACGAUUACAAUAAUCACCAUGCUCGGCAAACAAACCAUUUUGUUGCUAUUGGGACUGUUCAGUUCCAUUGCCAUCGUGGAUGGUGCCAAGAAGAUCAGGCGUGUAAAAUCCGGAAAGAUUUACAAAGAGCAUGAAAACGUUCACAUCGUCGUGAAUAAAGUUGGGUGAGUGCCAAGAUCGCGCUGCGCGCUGUAGAACACAGUAGAGGUUCUACGUAUUAGCAUAAAAUGACUUUUUCGGAAAAGAUUAUGGUCAAGACGCUAAGAAGGAAUACCACGGAUCGAACAACAUGAACCUCUGGUUUCGAAUUCAUGGAUGUGCGAUGAACCAAUAGACGACAAUAAUGCAUCACCAAACAAUUGAAUGAUAUUCAACCGGAACUGACAAUAGUUAAUUUUUUCAUCACAAAAAAUCGCAGACCUUUCAACAACCCAACCGAAACUUAUCGUUACUACAGUCUUCCCUUUUGCCACGAACAUUCAACGGAAGAAGAAGAAUCCGAUGCUGCAUUGGAAGAAGAGGUGGAACUACACAAAUUUCAAGGUAUCAAACAAGUAGGUGCACAAAGACACAAGCAGCGUCUGGGGGAGUCGAUUGUAGGUGAUCGCCGUGAGUCGUCUCCGUACGAGAUUUCGUUCGAUGAUUCCGUUGAAUGGCGCCUGUUGUGCAAAAAGCACAUGCUGCCAGUUGAUAUCAAAAAAUUAAAGGAAGCAAUCCACAACAAUUAUUUUUUUGAAAUGUUUGUGGAGGAUCUUCCUAUGUGGGGAUACAUUGGCGACAUCGAUAAUGAAGACAUGAUCGUUGGUGAAAUGCAAGACAGCAAGACAUUCCUCUUUCCGCAUCUCAACUUCAUUCUUGGUAGGAAUAACAACCAAAUUGUAUCUGCUAAGGUUACAACGGAUGUAAGUUAAUCAGAUCGUCCUUGGGAUUAGUUUUCCAGGUACUGGAUUCGUGGUGGAUCUAUCACGACGGGGUUCGGUUCCUUCCAAUUCCUUCUCUGAUUCUUCCACUAUUUUAUUUUCGCUAUUGUGUAGACGGAGCGAAAAGUCGACAUCACUGAUACUACGAAGGAACUGCACAUUCAAUUCUCAU